GAGAACAUAGGCAGCGUGUUGGACAGGGUGGGUGUGAGUGACGGAAACGAGCAGAGAAGCUAAAGUCGCUGCGGACAUUGUUCGAACACAGGAGGUAUUCUGAAACCAUUGCACGGCUCUCAUGGUAACACAGCGGCGGCUAUCGCUGAGUAAAACACAGUGGUGGCCAUUGCAUUUCUGCAGAAGUGAUCCAGAAGUGGCUAGUGACGGUCACUGCUCCACAAGAGGAAAAAAACGGAAGACGGCACCUAGGAAACCUGCUAAACAAGGUCAGAGGAGACUAAAACUGCAGCCGCAAGAAAAACUAGCAAAGCAAGAUACGUGACUUGGUUGCUCUGAAACUACUCGCGGAUACAUUAUACCAGACUGAGUCAGGAGAAGCAGUGCCUGCUGGACUGAAGAAUUUUUCAUGCUUGGAUUUCACAUAUCUGCAGUCAGUGGAAUGCCAGGGGGCCAGCUGUCAUUUCAUUCAUGUCACACUCUACACAUGGAUGCUGAACACUAGCAGCUAACACCGGUGGACUUUAAGGACUUGUGCUACACAGACAGCAUCUUUGGAUUUCUGGAUCUGGAUUAAUCUUCCAUUAAUGUGUCAAUGGAUCCACUCUCAAAACUUUGAAAUUAUAGUUUAGUUUGUGUAAAUUAACUCAUUCCAAUCAGUCUUAAAAAUUGUUCCGUUAUGCAACAGAGGUAAUCCACAGCAUCAACAAGUGUGUUAAGUGCAUUCUCGACGGGAUUACAGCCGUAUCACAUGAAACAGUGUAUGCUAUACUGAGGAGGACAAUCGACUGCUGCGUUCAGAGCCAGCGGGAGUGUAUUUUCAUUUAGCAAUAUUAAUAAAGCAUAGUGAGAGGUUUGGUUCUGGGUCCAAAUGUUCCUCAACACAGUGCUGGUGGUCCUGACGGACCUGGCGGCCCGGCUCCUGGGCAACAACAUGUUUCGACAGCACUUCCACCUGUUGCUGUCAGCUGUGGUGAUGUUUGGCCCUGCGCUGAGCCUCUGGGUCUCCCAGCACAGCGUCUUUGCCAAGAGAAGCCACUUCCUCUACAGGAUGUUCUUGCGCUCUGGUUGGGGCUGGACCUGCAUCUUUGUCGGCUCCUUCGUCUUCCUCCUCUCCUUCUCCAUCCGUCGCUCCCUCUCUCUCUCCAUCCGUCACCUCUCCCGUCUUGGCGUGGCUGGGGGAUUGUGGCUUGGUUUCUGUAAACUCCUGGACCUUCUUGAGAAUGCCACCGGAAGCUGCUACGAACCUUUACUUAAUGGCCCAGAGGUCACCAACGGGCAGCCUCUGUUGGUGUUACGAGAAGGAGAAAGCAAGUCCGAGUGUCUCAGGGCUGGGAUGCUGUGGAGGGGGUAUGAAGUCUCAGAAGAUGUCUUCCUCCUGUGUCUCUGCUGCCUGCUGUUGGCGGAGGAAACAGCCGUGUUCGGCCCUUAUCUGAGCCUGGGUGGGAUCUCAGACGCCCCUCUGAGGAUCCUCUUCCUGUUCUGUGUUCUCCUGCUCUGGCUCUGGAUCUUUCUGCUGCUCUGCCUCUUAGCUUACUUCCCUCAGUUCCCCACUCAGCUGUUAGGGGGCGCUCUGGGGUGUCUGAGCUGGAGGGGACUGUACCAGGGUUGGUAUCGCCUGGGGCCCAGCUGGUACUGCCCUGGGAGGCCUGGACUGGGACUGCUCAACACCAAGACCAGCAGUAUUGAAGCGCAGGAGGCACAGCUCAACCACGACCACUGCAAUUAACUGAAGAGACAAACACUGACACAAAGACGAUUUCAAUCAUGAGCUCUCUGUGGUUGUUUGGACAUGACUGAGACAAUCUGUCCACUUGUGUUUGUUGUCCUCUUUUAACAGUAAGACAAAAAAACCCUGUUUAAGCUUUUUGGACUUUUUUUUAUUGAACUGCUGUUUUCUUACAUAUGGCAGCAAAGACAUGCUGUACAUAUAGGCCUGCUUUUUGUAACAUUACAACAGUAAUUUACAAUAGAUGACAGGAGAAGUCUCUGCAAGACAGAUGCUCAGGACAAGAGAAAGCAGUGUCCAAGUCUAUACAGACUGGACACAACAGUUUGAGACACCCAGAAUUUACUUAAGCAAGUCAAAACUUCAAUAAAUAAAUGACUGGAGAACUUGUGUGUAACUAAAUGGACUAGUAUAACAGACAGACGCUAUAAAACAUCCAUUUUUUUUCCUCUGUCAGUGCCAUUUUGCAUGAGUAGCAGGUUUGAUAAAGCUCACUGUCUGAAAGCUUCUGAACAGAGAACAUGCAAAGAUACUGGUUAAGUGUGUCUCUGUUGUUGGGACGCAUUACUGUCUCCUUUGUUUCAAGACUGCAAAUGCAGUGAUUAAAACUUCAAUUGCAAUUAUUCAUCUUGGACUGGAUUCUGGUUCUCUUAACAGCUCACAUCACUUUGCACCAAACUAAUGCAUAAAAAAAGAAAUGGAUGUUUGUGCCGAAUUUGACAAAAAAUUCCAAUCAAGGUAUUCUUGAGAUGUAACCUUCAUGAGACUGAGAAAGACAAGGUCCCAGAGACCUUUGACCUUUGAGUCCAAGUGGACUUUUGUGCCAAAUCUGAAUUCCCUAAAGGCGUUCACCAGAAUUUGACUGACGGACUACCGGAAAACGCCUCAUAAAAUGCUGCAUAAAAAGUACAGAAC